AUGGUAAAACGUAAAACAUGCAUAAUCUGUAUGCUUUGGGUAAUUAUUCUUAUAAUUGUUGCGACAUCUUUAACUCUAUACAAAUAUCAAAAAUAUCAUACCCAUACUCAUCAGGUCGAAACAAAAAUAAUUGUCAAACCUUCGAAAUGUGAAAAGAACGAAACUGUAAAAUAUAUUUUUAAUUUGGUUCAUUGGCGUGAAACUCUGGCAAAACAUCAAACCUUAUCUAAGAAAAAUCAAACAUUAUGGUGUAAAAUACCAGAUGACUUAAGAUUAAUAUCUACAGCUAUUUUUCGUCUGUAUGAUAUACGUAAUCAUACGCAUUUACCUUGUAGUAUGAUUUAUUCGUCAAAUAAUACAUUAGAAGAUAUUAAAUGCAAAAAUAAUGGUGAAAUAAGUAGAAGAAGUAAUGAUGAUUCGACAGAUAACCAAGCAGAAUUUACAUGUAGACAUGGUUCCACAUUAGAUUUAUUUAUUAAUAAAUCUGCAGAUUAUUCAUAUCCAUCGAUUAUUGCAGAUGCUUUACAUCCAUUGCCAGAUUCUUUAUACAUAAAUAUACUAAAUAAUAAAUAUCGAAGUUGUAAUACAAUGUGGGGAUUUAAACUUAAUCAUGAAUCUAUUAGUUAUUAUCCUUCGACUACAGAUCCUCAAAAAUCAAAUCUAUUUGAUGUUACUUUUGGAUAUGAUCGAUCAAUUCAUGAAUUUAUUCCACAUCCUUGGCUUUAUAGUUAUAUUGAACACAUUAAAUUUACUCCACAAAGAUUAUCAAUGCAACAAGUAAUGAAUAACAAAGUACAAAUUAAUUCUAUCAAACAUUCAGAUAUCUAUUGGACUAAUCAACCAGCGAAUUCAAAUGGGCAAAACAAAAGAACAAGCGUAUCAUAUGUAAAAUCAUCUAUCUUGUGGAUGAAUAGUAAUUGUCAGACGAAAUCACAACGUACACAAUAUAUGAGAAGGUUAAUGAAAUUUAUUGAUGUUGAUAAUUAUGGUACUUGUGGACCUAGUAUUCUUCCUUUACCAGAACAUGUUAUAAAAAUACAAGGUUCAGCUAAUCGAACUUUAAAUGAUCUUGCCACUUAUAAUUCAGCAGCAGGAAAAUUAGCAUUAGCAAAAGAAUAUUUAUUUACUAUUGCCAUUGAGAAUAGUUUAACUUAUGAUUAUAUAACAGAGAAAUUAUGGCAGCCACUUGCCAUUGGAAGUGUACCUGUUUAUCUUGGUGCACCUAAUAUUCAUGAUUGGUUACCAUGUCAAACAGAUUGUAUUAUUGAUUUAAAUAAAUUCAAAACACCAAAAGAUGCUGCUAUGCAUAUUACACAAGUUGCAUCAAAUAGAACACUAUAUGAAAGUUAUCAUAAAUGGCGAGAUCAACCUGUUUCAAAAAAAUUUCAAAAUAUACUCAGUUAUUUUACGACUAUGGAAAAUUAUAAUCUUGAAUGUAUUUUAUGUGGUAUGUCUAAACAAGUUGAUCAAAAUAAAGAUCCAAAAGAAUAUAAAAAGAAGAUUCUUAAAACAAUUGGUCGUUUUUAA